UCGCGCACAAUGAGCCCCAGCCGCGCUAGCAAAGGGGGAGAUUGCACAACAGACAAGCGAAGCAGACUGGGGGAGGGGAAUCUCUCAAGCGGCCAUGUGCUCUUUCGCUCCGCCACUCGGUGGCGUCUCCCCCGCCAUGGAACAAUCCGCAGCCCGCCCGCCCCCGUCGAGAAAUGGCGUCGCCCUCCCAUACCUCAGGCCGCUCACCCCCGAAGGAAAGUGGACCUGCCCAUCCGCAGUUUGCCAAUUGCCCGGCUUGUGCGGCAAAAUGGACCCGCCCGCCCGGCGCCGGGUGGGCUCCUGGUGCCUCACGCGGCCGCUCCUUCGGGUUAGGCUCUGUCCUGGCCGUCAAGAAAACCAGCACCCCGAACGGCCGGUUUCUUCUUCCCCGACCCACAUUCCAAGCGCGACGAAGGGACUCGCUGAAGACCCAGGCACCCCUGCUUGUCGCGAGUGGUACCGCCAGAAUUCUCCGGAACCCUCGCGCGCACGCCCUGCCCGACAUAGGGAGGCAACCAGACCAGCCGGCUCCGGGCCGCGCAGCCGCCUCUUCUUUUUCCCACGUUAUGUCGCGACCUCAUCUUGCCUUUCAGUACCCAAGCUUCGCGUACGGCAUCCCCACAGGCCGAGGCCUCGUGACGAACCUCGCGCCCUCCGCCCUAUCCAGGCCGUCCUUUCCCGUAUCCACACUGGUGUCAGCGUCGGCCAUGGGAUUCCCCCCCCUCCCCGGACGGUUCCUCCCGGUUCGAUUCUCCCGCAACCUGGUAGGUUUGGUGCGAUGGGCCUCUCAACUUUUCCCCGGCGGGACCUUCGGAAGGGAGCUGCGGGGGUUCUCUUGGCCCCAGCCCCACAGUUCCUGGUUGGUGCCCCUCCCAGUGCGGUUAUUUCAAAUAAUGCUUACCCUUGGAGGUAAUGUUAAUUGGAACAAGAUGCAGAACGGAGUGCUUCUCUAAGGAAAGGAGGAGGAAACAGCAGUGUUGACCUGCCCCCGAAGUCCACCCUCCACCCUCACCUCAGCUCUGGUCGUCAUUCCUCGUGCUCCUGGCUCACCUCCAACCCUGCUGAAACCCCAGGGCUCACUCACUCUUGUGCUUCUGGGUGAGUACUGCUCUCCUUCUCCGAGAUUUGGCCCCAUCCUUCCAGGCUCCCAGGACAUCAGGACUCUGCUCAUGAAAGAGGGCCAGAGUUUGACUAAGAUGUUAAGGAUCUUACACAACCUUCCCAGCCCUUCUCAACACCCGAAUGGCUGAAAUAUAGGAACCUGUCAUAGGCCCCUGGUCUGGGCACUGACUGCCUUUCAGGUGCUCUUGGCAUUAAUCUUUAACUGUUUAUUUUCCUGGAACGGCUGGCUGUUCCCUUGACUUCCCAAUCCAGGGCCACCUCUAGCACUCACUUGAAAGUUUGCAGGUUGAGAGGCUCUGAGAGCCUCUGCCAUUCACCCUUUACCCCUAGAUUCCCAUCUCCCUUAACUCACCUGUUCC